AUGGGUCCCAUCAUGGCUUCCAAGCAAGAAAUAGAAGUUUUGGAAAAUUGGGAGGAAAUUGACGAGACUGAUGUAUUAGAAAAAAAAUUUACAAAACUCAUAGCACCAAGUAAAUCCUUAGAUUGUAAAAGUAAUGGAGUAGCACCAACAAUGAACAUUAUAUUAACUGGGGAUGAUGCCUUACGAUCCCAAUAUGUGCCUCCAGAACCCACAGUAAAAAUACUGAAAAGGCCUUCAAAAGAUGCUCAAAAUUACGGUGACUCUAAAGUGUACCAACCAAAAAAGACUUUACAACAACGGGAACAAGAAUAUGCCGAAGCAAGACUUAGGAUAUUAGGGGAAGCUAGCCCUGAAAAAGUCGAAGAAAAAAUUAGUAUACAAAACAAACCUCGACCAGUGGAAUCAGAAAAUGUGAUACGACUGCCGAAAGGGCCUGACGGCACGAACGGCUUCAACAUUCGGAGAUAG